CCUCAUCUUCCACUGUUUUUCUGCACUGGACUUAGGAAGCCAUUGACUGGCGAAAUGUUUCCAGGAUAAAGAUUCCCAAGUGUUGCCUAAGGGUGCACAUGACUCAUUGCACAAGUUCACGGUGAUCCGUGGCCUGGUGGGCAAAACUUGCUUCACGCAGAGUAUCCGUGGUUCAAGUCCUGGCAAAGGUAGCAAUAUAGGGUGUGUUUCCUUACACCUGCUUUCCCAUUCACCUAACAAGCAAGUAGAUACCUGGGUGUUAGUGGCAUCCUGGGGGACAAGAUUCAGGACCACAGUGGAAAUAAGACAGACAGUCCCUCGAUGACGCACUGCCUUUCUUGGGCUAUUCUUGGUGGCUAACCCUUCGGGGUAAAAAAACCCGAAAGAUAUCUUAUCUAAGCUUCCCUGCUAGGAGGACUGACUAAGGCGUCAGUUAUGGUGGCCCGGAGUAACAACCACAACAUUACCUUCCAAGAUUGACGUUAUACCACAAGUUUUGUGUAUUAUCUCCAUUACAGGACGUAGAAUUGUAAUGUUUGGUGGGAAGACAGAAACGUGAAGGUGGUACUGUCAGCACAAGAAUGACACAUGUCAACAUGCAGUGAUUUAAAAGUUUGUGUCAGAAAUACUGCAGUUAUAUAGUUCCAUCAGUGUGGCACAUAAUGUACACUAUACUACCUUUAAGACUGACUUUUAAAUGCCUUAAGAAUAAAUGGCCUUAUGGAAUUCAUUUUGGAAACUAGUGAAAUAAUAUAAAGUACUAGCAGUAUACUAGUAACCUCAUUAAUAAUACCCAUUGCUACUUCUGGACACAGUACCAACAGUGUACUAGUAACCUCACACUAGCACUACCUGCUGUCACAAAUCAAACACUAGUAAAGGACAGACUGAACAUUCUAGACAGGAGCUCCAUUAACAUUCAUACCCACAAACAAGUGUAACAUCAUGUUCGUAAGAUCUCACCUUUGUUAAAGUGAACGUUUGUUUAAUAUGAGACUAAAUGAAGUAAGAGAAUAAGUGUACAAAAAAUAAUAUCAGUGUUCAAUGUUUAAAAAUAAAUACACAAUCUUGGUAUAUUACAUUUGAGAGCUCAUAUAGGAAAGCCUAAAUAUUUUGAAAGUAUCUUAAGAAUGUUAAUAAAGGCUGCAGUUCAUUGCAUUUAUAUGUACCUUGAGCAAUAAAAUAACCAAAAUUAAUACUGUAUUUGCAAUCUAAAUUAUAGAAUAUAAAUAAUAAAGUAUGUGUUAUACUGAGUAGAUUAUACAUAUAUGCUGAAAUUGUCAUUGGAUUCUAACCUAGAUUAUGACUAACAUGUUAAUAUUUAAUAUAUUUAUAAUAGCAUAUUAAAUAUAUAAAAUAAAAAUGAGAGUUCACACAGAAAAGAAAAUGUGUCAAAAUAAUUCAAAAAAAUCACAUAUAACCACUCACCUGAGAGUUCAUUUUAGAAAGAAACAACAUCAGUGUUUAAAGUGUCUGAAAUCCUUUACACAAAAAUCAGAUCUCACAAGACACCUGAGAAUUCACACAGGAGAGAAACCAUAUCAGUGUUCGGUAUGUUUAAAAUCAUUUUUAAGAAAAUCAAAUCUAGAUACCCACUUGAAAGUUCAUACAGGAGAGAAACCAUAUCAGUGUUCAGUGUGUCUUAAAUCCUUUUUAAGAAAGUCAAAUCUGAACACUCAUGUAAGAGUUCAUACAGGAGAGAAACCAUAUCAGUGUUCAGAGUGUCUGAAGGCCUUUUCACGAAAAUCAGAUCUAACAAAACACACAAGAGUUCAUACUGGAAAGAAGCCAUAUAAGUGUUCAGAGUGUAUAAUGGCUUUUACACAAAACUCAGAUCUAAUAAAACACACAAGAAUUCAUACAGGAGAGAAGCCAUAUCAGUGUUCAGUGUGUCUAAAAUCCUUUUCCAGAAAAUCAGAUUUAAACACCCACUUCAGAAUUCACACAGGAGAGAAACCUUAUCAGUGUUCAGAGUGUCUAAAGGCAUUUUCACAAAAAUCAAGUCUAACAAUUCACAUAAGAGUUCAUACUGGAGAAAAACCUUUUAAGUGUUCAGAGUGCCUAAAGGCCUUUUCAGAAAAAUCUGAUCUAAAAACACACAUAAGAAUUCAUACUGGAGAGAAACCAUAUAGGUGUUCAGAGUGUCUAAAAGCUUUUUCACAAAACAAAGAUCUAAUAAUACACACAAAAGUUCAUUCUGGGGAGAAACCAUUUGUGUGCUCAGUGUGUCUAAAAACUUUUUCAAAAAAAUCAGCUCUAAUUAGUCACCUCAUACAGGAGAGGAACCAUAACAGUGUUUAGAGAGAUUGAAAGCCUUUAGGAUAAAAGUGAGUGAGACAUUAUUAUUGUUCCCAUUAUCCAAAAAAAAAGUUCUAAGAAAAGGUAAAACCUGAUAGUGAGGUGUUUCCACAGCUAUAUCAGAAAGAAAGUGGUGGAAAAAAUUAGGAUUGAGAAAACGAUGCAUAAUUACAGAAAAUGAGGAAAAAGUAACUCAAAUGUGGUAUGAUGUGAUCCUUUAUUGGCAACAUUUCGUUAAGUUUAAUAAUCCACCUAUGUGAUCAUACAGAAGAGAAUACAGUAGGACCCCCGUAUCCAUGGGGGAUACAUUCCAAGGACCUGCCGUGGAUACCAAAACUGCGGAUAGUAGCAGACCCUAUACAGUGGACUCCCGACAUUCAAUAUUAAUCCGUUCCUGAGAGCUCAUUGAAUGUCGAAAAUAUCGAAAGUCGAAUUAAUUUUCCCUUGAGAAAUAAUGGAAAUCAAAUUACUCCGUGCAAGACACCCAAAAGUAUGAAAAAAAAAAUUUUACCAAAUGAAAUACAGUGGACCCCCGGUUAACGAACUUUUUUCAUUCCAGUAGUAUGUUCAAGUGCCAGUACUGACCGAAUUUUUUCCCAUAAGGAAUAUUGUGAAGUAGAUUAGUCCAUUUCAGACCCCCAAACAUACACGUACAAACGCACUUACAUAAAUACACUUACAUAAUUGGUCGCAUUUGGAGGUGAUCGUUAAGCGGGGGUCAACUGUAUUAAGUUUAAUGCAAUAGAAUAAUUACAAUAACAACAAUAACAAUAGAUUAAUAACAAUAGAAUAAUUGGCACUUACCUUUAAUGAAGAUCUGGUGAUGAUUCAUGGGAUGGGAGGAGGGGAGAGUGUGGAUGGUGUUAGUGUUUAGAAGGGGAAUCCCCUUCCAUCAGGACUUGAGGUAUCAAGUCUUUUUCCGGGGUUACAUCCCUUCUUUUAAUGCCACUAGGACCAGAAAUCUCUGGAUUUCUGUCGCACAACAUAUCUGUCCAUAGAGCUCUGUACCUCCCGUUCCUUUAAGAUUUGUCUAAAAUGGGCCACAACAUUGUCAUUGUAAUAGUCACCAGCACAGCUUGCAAUAGCUGUGUUAGGGUGAUUUUCAUCCAUAAAGGUUUGCAGUUCAACCCACUUUGCACACAUUUCCUUAAUCUUUGAAGUAGGCACAAUGGAUUCCACAACUGGCAUAGGCUUCUCAGGGUUAGCCCCAAACCCUUCAAAAUCUUUCUUAAUUUCCAUACUAAUUCUCACCCUUUUUACCACAGGGUUGGCACUAGAAGCUUUCUUGGGGCCCAUGGUGACUUAUUUUGCAGAAACAAGCACCAAAAACAGUGAUAAUAUGGAUAAUAUGGAAUGUACCGAAUGUAUCCUUAGAUGCACGCACACUGGCUGGCUUGUAAACACUGGCACACACGGGGCAGUUCAGGCCACACGUGGACACGUCUCGUAUGAAUCGUAUCGAAUAGCGGGUUUUCGAUCGAAUGUCGAGGCGAAAUUUUUGCGUUAAAAUGCAUCGAAUAUUGGAUUUAUCAAAUGUCGAUGCCAUCGAAUGUCGGGGGUCCACUGUAUAUAAGUCCUAUACACACCUAUUAUAAAGUUUAAUUAAUAAAUUAUGCACAAUAAGUGGAGAAUUAUCACUUUUUCACCGAUGGGAAGCACUUCAUGACUUCUCUUAGGCUUUGAAGAACUGUCAGCUUCUCUACUUUUGUGUUUUGGGGGCAUUCUUAUGCAAAAUCAAGAGGUAUUUUUGAGCCACAGUAAACCAUGGAUAACUGAAACUGAUGAUACUGAAUUAGUGGAUACGAGGGUUCUACUGUAUUUAUUAAUAGUGUAAAGUGCUUCAAAAUUUCCUUUUUUUUUUUUUAACUUAAAAAGGAACAAACAGUGUUUAUAUGUUUUUUUAAAAUCUCAGAUGUAAUAAAACACGUGUUAAUAUACUAGUGAAACUAUUAAAUUUUUACUGAACUUAGUAGGAGGAUAUGGUCAGUAAUUUUGUCAACAAAUGUCUACAUUAUAUGUGAAUUUGUAAUGUUUUAUUGUAAUGCUCUCUUGAGAGACAUAGAAUGAGAGGAGAUAUACUAAUUAAAAUAUUUUAUUAUUUUAUUAUCACACUGGCCGAUUCCCACCAAGGCAGGGUGGCCCGAAAAAGAAAAACUUUCACCAUCAUUCACUCCAUCACUGUCUUGCCAGAGGGGUGCUUUACACUACAGUUUUUAAACUGCAACAUUAACACCCCUCCUUCAGAGUGCAGGCACUGUACUUCCCAUCUCCAGGACUCAAGUCCGGCCUGCCGGUUUCCCUGAACCCCUUCAUAAAUGUUACUUUGCUCACACUCCAACAGCACGUCAAGUAUUAAAAACCAUUUGUCUCCAUUCACUCCUAUCAAACACGCUCACACAUGCCUGCUGGAAGUCCAAGCCCCUCGCACACAAAACCUCCUUUACCCCCUCCCUCCAACCUUUCCUAGGCCGACCCCUACUCUGCCUUCCUUCCACUACAGACUGAUACACUUUUGGAUAAUGGGCAUGAACAAAGGCAAUAUAAAGUACUGAGAAUAUUGAAUUAAGUUAGAACCAGAAAUAAUGGAUUUAAGUUAGAAAAAUUUAAAUUUAGAAAGGAGAGUCUUUCAAUGUUUAUUAUGCUAAUUGCCGUAGUGCUAGGAAUAAGAUGGACGAGUUGAGAUUAGUUGCUAGUGCAGGUAACAUUGAUGUAUUUGCCUUAACUGAGACGUGGUUUAAUUCAAAAAGUCGGGACAUGCCUGCGGAAUGUCAUAUUCAGGGUUUUAAAUUGUUCCAAGUAGAUAGAAGUAUCGGGAAGGGGGGUGGGGUGGCAUUGUAUGUCCGAGAUCGCUUGAACUGUUGCAUAAAAACGGGUAUUAAGUCUGAAGUAACACAUACAGAGUCUGUUUGGAUAGAAUUUUCAGAGGGGCAUGAAAAACUGAUUUUAGGAGUGAUAUACCGUCCCCCAAACUUAGAUAGGGACCAAGGGAGACUACUAUGGGAGGAAAUUGUUAAGGCCACAAGGCACGAUAAUGUAGUAAUUCUAGGAGACUUUAACUUUAGUCAUAUUGAUUGGAAUUUCUUGACUGGGAAUUUAGAAUCAUACGACUUCUUAGAAGUAGUUCAGGAUUGUUUUUUGAAGCAGUUUGUGACAGAACCUACAAGGGGAAAUAACCUGCUUGACUUAGUUAUGGCAAACAAUGAAUCCCUUGUUAAUAAUUUAGAAAUUUCAGAGGAACUGGGUGCUAGCGACCACAAAUCAAUUACAUUUAGCAUUGAAUGGAAGUACGAUAGUAGCGAUAACUCAGUAACAGUCCCAGAUUUUUGCUUAGCAGAUUACGAUGGGCUUAGAGAACACUUAUCAUCUGUUGACUGGGGUAACGAAGUGAGCUAUCAAUAUGACAGUUUUCUGAACACUAUGCAUGCUGCUCAAAGAACUUUUAUCCCAUAUAAAGAAAUUAGAUCAAAUAGAAAUGACCCAAAAUGGAUGAAUAAUAGGCUCAAAUAUCUACUAGGGCAUAAGAAAGGAAUUUAUAGGCGUAUCAAAAGAGGUGAGGGUCAUCUUAUGAAUCAGUAUAUUGACAUUAAGAGGGACAUUAAAAAGGGGAUAAGAAAAGCUAAAAGGGACUAUGAAAUUAAAGUUGCUAGGGAUUCUAAAACUAACCCAAAAAGUUUUUUCCAGGUCUAUAGAACAAAAGUUAGAGAUAAGAUAGGUCCCCUUAAAAAUACCUAUGGGCACCUUACUGACAAAGAUAAUGAAAUGUGCUCGAUUUUUAAUAAUUAUUUUCUCUCAGUUUUUACACAGGAAGACACUAACAAUAUUCCAGUAAUUAAUUUUUAUAGUGGGCUAGAAGAAGAUAAAUUAUGUAACAUCACAGUCACUAGUGAAAUGGUUGUGAAGCAGAUAGACAGACUGAAGCAAAAUAAGUUGCCGGGUCGUGAUGAGGUUUUUUCAAGGGUUCUUAAGGAAUGCAAAAUGGAACUCUGUGAACCAUUAACUAAUAUUUUUAAUUUAUCUCUUCAAACAGGUGUAGUGUCUGAUAUGUGGAAGAUGGCUAAUGUAAUUCCUAUUUUUAAAACAGGGACAAGUCGUUACCGUCAAAUUACCGCCCAAUAAGCCUGACCUCAAUUGUAGGCAAAUUACUAGAGUCAAUUAUAGCUGAGAUUAUAAGAAGCCAUCUCGAUAAGCAUAGCUUGAUUAAUGAUACUCAGCAUGAAUUCACAAGAGGCCGGUCUUGUCUAACUAAUUUAUUAACUUUCUUCAGUAAAGCUUUUGAGGCUGUUGACCACGAUAAAGAAUUUGAUAUUAUUUACUUAGAUUUUAGUAAGGC